AUGGAUGCCCCGCGGUGGUGGUCGCUGGCCACUGUGUUCACGGCCACGGCUCACUGUCUGGCCCUGGCUGACCCAGAGGAUUCUGAUCUCCUCAACCCCAGUCCCCAGGACAGCCCCCCCAGGCCUGCUCUGCCCUGCCACAAAAUCUCCGUGGGCAACAUUGACUUUGAACAGCUGGCUCUAAGGGAUCCGGGGGCAAACAUCCUCUUCUCCCCUGUGAGCUUCUCCUCGGCCUUGGCCAUGCUGCUCCGAGACACCCCUGCGGCCAGCAGGACCCAGCUCCUGGAGGGCCUGGGGUUCAACCUGAGCAUGGUGCUCGAGGCUGAGAUCCAGGAGGGCUUCCAGGAUCUGCUGGUCAAGCUCCCCGGGCGGGACCCCCAGCUCCUCGUGACCUUGGACCAGCACAGGGUUGUCGGCCCAUGCACGGGACCCUUCCGCACGCACCUUGACAAGUACGCAGAGAAGCAGACCCCGGGGACGCUUGGGGCCCGGGUGGAGGACCUCGGGAGCGAAACCGAGGCGGUCUCCACGAACCGCGUGCUCCUCAGAGCAGGGUGGGCGAGAGCCUUUGACCCAAGUGCCACCAGCCCCAAAGACUUCUUCGUGAGCGAGCGCAGGGCGGUGCAGGUGCCCAUGAUGAAGCAGAAGGCCGGCCAGCGCCUCCUGCAUGACCCCGAGCUGCAGUGCACCGUGCUGCAGCUGGGCCACGCGGGGAACACCACCACCUUCUUCGUUGUCCCCCACCGGGGCAAGCUGACACAGCUGGAAGAUGCCUUGCUUCCCGAAAUGCCGAUCAAGUGGGACAGUCUGCUCAGGACAAGAGAACUCGACUUCUAUUUCCCCCAAUUUUCCAUCUCCAGCACCUACACACUGGAGGAGCACCUCCUAGGGGUGGCUGUGGGCUUCCCGGGACACCCUGCACUGCACAUUUUCAAAGCCACACCUCAUGGCAAAAUGAUGAGCUGUGUGGCCUCCGGCAAGCUGCAGCACCCCUCUGAGCGCCGACUGCCAAAUCAGAUAACUGGGGACCCCGAGCCCAUCUGA